AUGAUAGUGCAGGACGGAGCCGCUGCUCCAAUUGCGGCCCUCCACGACGGUUUCAAUCGACCCACUCGCAAUAGUGAGUUCGGUCCAGCUGCAGGUUGGCCUGGGAAGCUCCCUACAGCUCGUCCGAAGUUGAUUACUGGUGGUUGCGACGCGACUUGGGAAGCCAUUGCCCGGCCAACAGCCGUGCGAAUGCCUGACGGCGCGUCACAGGAUACCUCGGUUCCGAUCCCCUUCAGUGUCUUCCCGUCUGCGUAUCGGAGCGCAGGCACUCAGGAAUCCACUCAAGAGUCGCAUAGACUGAGGGCAGAAGGUGAAGCUCGUCAUCCCCAACGAGCUUCACACGGACAGGAGGAGCACGAGGAGAUCCACGAGUCUUUCACUGCUACUGUCCACCGCCCCCAGCACCACGACACCCAAGUAAAAGAAGAGGUUCACGUCCACGAAGAGGAGCAUCAUCAUCGUCCCCAGCACCGUGAAGAGGUUCACAUUCACGAGCAAACCCGCUACAUCAAGCCCGAGCAGCGCCAAGUUCACCAGACUCAGCAGACGCAACAGACUCACCAAACUCACCAAACUCACCAGACUGAGCACUUCGAGCAGAUUCCGCAGACCCAGCACACUGAGAAGAUCCAGCAGACUCACCAGUUUGUGCCAAUUCCAUCGACCCAACAGGCCCAGGCACCGCAGUCUCCCCAGUUUGAGCAAAAGUCGCACCAGUUUGAGCAGAAAUCUCACCAGUUCGAGCGAAUUCCGCAGAUUCCGCAGAAUCAUCAGAAGGAACAGACCCACCAGACUCACGGGCGCUUGGAAUUCCAGUCCAGGGAUCGCCUCCAACCCCAACCUUCUCACUCCCACAUCGAGGUUAAGAGUAGAUCAUUCGACGGUCACUUCGAUUCUGUUCACGGCCCUGCCUCAGACAAUCAACCAUCUCAGAUCGAUCUCACUGAGAGUCAGUUUCGCAAACACACUCGUCCCAUCGUCGCCGAAGCAAGUCACACCAACUUCUCGUCGCACGCCCCCCAACGUCAACAACAAACCUCCGGUUACUCCAAGGAGACCUUCACUGCCAAUCACACCAACACCCCCUACGAAAGGAAGCACGUUGACUCAGUCGAUCGUCGCUACCCCACCCAGGGAUCGGUUCGAGUAGAAGAAUCUGCUCGUGCCAGUGUUGACACCCCCAAGAAGUUUAAGCGUGAUAUGGGAUAUUACGACCACGAAGGACAGUAUCACUCUCUUCGCUCCGGUAUCAAGCACGCAGCCCACAAGGUCGGUGAACGUAUCGUCCACCCCAUCCACCCUCAACGCCACGAACACUCUCACGCACACUCUUCGUCUGCUGCCAAGUACGACGACAUCCGCGAGGAAGUAACCGUCAAGGAAUCUCAUUCCGCCCGUGCUCCUGCCCCUGCUCCCGCACGCUCUCACGUCUCAGCUCACACUCACGUGUCUGCUCCUACCCACGUCUCCGCUCGCACCCACGUGUCAGCUGCCGCUCCUCUUCCCGCUCGACCUAUCCAGUUCAGCGCUCCCGUCUCCUCUCGUCCCGUUCAGGCAAGCGCUCCCGUAGCUUCUCGCCCCGUCCAAUCCGCCGCUCCUACUAAGAGCGUCGUUCGUAUCAACACUUCUUCCGCUCACAUCCCGUCUUCUCCCGCAACAGCCGCCAAGAUGACUUCCGCCAACACCAUCACCAUCCCUUGCCACCACAUCCGCAUUGGCGAUCUCCUGAUCCUCCAGGGCCGCCCUUGCCAGGUCAUCCGCAUCACCACCUCCUCCCAGACCGGUCAGCACCGUUACCUCGGUGUUGAUCUCUUCACCAAGCAGCUCCAUGAGGAGUCCAGCUUCAUCUCCAACCCGGCUCCUUCGGUUGUUGUCCAGAACAUGCUCGGCCCUGUCUUCAAGCAGUACCGCGUUCUUGACAUCCGUGAAGACGGUCGCGUUGUUGCCAUGACCGAGUCUGGUGACGUCAAGCAGGGUCUUCCCAUCCUUGACCAGAGCGGUCUCUCCACCCGUCUUGCUGAGUCCUUCGACAGCGGCCGUGGAAGCGUUCGCAUCCUUGUCAUCGCUGACGAUGGUCUUGAGAUGGCUGUCGACUACAAGGUUGUCCACGGCUCCAGGUUGUAGAUGUUUCCCGUCAAUGAUUUCACUCAAAUGACCUGCAUGUGCUACUAGACAUCGGGGAGUUUUUGUCAUGAAUGUCACUUUUUCUCGUCUGUGUUCAUAACUUUUUGCUUAAUUGCUUGGCUACGAUCUCUGCCUCGUCAUCUUGCACCCAGUUCGGCAUAUGUCGAUUCAGGGUCAAUGGUGAUUGGUAGUGGUCUUUGUUUAGGCGAUGGGAUACUCAAGGCUACAUAUGUGGAUAGUUAAUGAAUUGCG